AAUGGAAAUUGAUUAUGAAAAUAACGUUCUAACAACAAUUUGCGGCAAGGGAAAUACUGUAAAGUAUUACAAAAUUUACGAAAGUAAUGAUAAAACGUUAAAGUUGACUCCAAUUCACGAGUUAAAGACGAGCUUUGAUCAGACGCCUUUAUUAGAGGGGAAAGUUGAUGGCUCAUUGAACUCUUACAUCAUUGUCGACGCUUCGCGGACUCGGAUCAUUGAAUACAAGAGUAAUGGCCCUGAUCUUAAUGAUAACUUUCCAAAUGAAAGCGAACGGCUUGCACUUCCGUCUUACGAAGCUCGGAACGAGGAGAGAAUAGAAAUGCGUUGUCACGUGACUGGUCAUUUACAAGCCGUUUUACGGCAUAAGCGGAAUAAGAUUGUUCGUUAUUUAUGCAAAGGUCUCGAUAACAGAUUGGCCUUCUCAAUUGGAUCUCGCCUGUAUAUUUUGAACGUUCAAACUAACUGGGACGUUUGA